UCUCUCUCUCUCUCUCUCUCUCUCUCUCUCUCUCUCUCUCUCUCUCUCUUUCUCUCCUUCUCUCGCUGAACUCUCUCGCUUGCAAACAGACACGCUUGCACACUGACUCCCACACCACACACAUACAUUCUCCACUGAGCGCACAGACACACACACACACACACACACACACACACACACACACACACACACACACACACACACACACACACACCCUGUAGCAGGUAGCAGUUACAUAGCACAUUUCCCCUGAGCCGGAUAACCCUACCUAAGGAAAAGAAGGGACAAAACUGCUUUGAGGAUUUAACUUGACUGUUUUUUUGUUUGCUGUUGUUUUAUAAGGAGCAAGAAAAGGAACAAGGAGAGGGGGAAAAAGACAGAAAGGAGUGAACUGGGGGACAGCUUUCUUCCGUCAACAGCAUGACACCCUGUUUGGAUUCCUCUCUUCUCCUCAGGCAAAAAUCCUGAAGAUGAUGGAUGACAACAAGCAGUUGGCCCAGCGGAUCGACGGGGCCAUUCAGUCGGCCAGCCAGGAAGUGACCAACCUGCGCUCGGAGCUGAGUGCCACCAGCCGCAGACUGGCCGAGUUGGGGGCAGCCGACUCCUCUGCCAGCGUGCUGGAAAACCUCCAGCACAACCACCACGAUCCCUCCCUCCACCCAAGGCAGAAGCCACCAGCCACUGAGCUCUGCUACAAGAGUGAGAUCAGCAGCCUCAUGGACUUCAACUCUCCGGACUCCUCCCUAGACAAAGUCCUGCUUCGUGAGGAGGUGGCCCAGCUCCAAGAGGAAGUGCACCUGCUCAGGCAAAUGAAGGACAUGUUGAGUAAAGACUUGGAGGAGUCCCAGGGUGGCUGCUCGGCUGAUGUGCUGUCUGCCACCGAGCUUCGUGUGCAGCUGGCCCAAAAGGAGCAAGAGCUAGAUCGUGCCAAGGAGGCGCUGCAAGCCAUGAAGGCAGACCGUAAGCGUCUGAAGGCAGAGAAAGCGGAUCUGGUCAACCAAAUGCAGCAGCUCUACGCUACGCUGGAGAGCCGGGAGGAGCAGCUGCGAGACUUCAUACGCAACUACGAACAGCACAGAAAAGAGAGUGAGGAUGCGGUGAAGGCUCUGGCCAAGGAGAAGGACCUGCUGGAGAGAGAAAAAUGGGACCUCCGGCGGCAGACCAAGGAGGCCACGGAGCACACGGGAGCCCUGCGCUCCCAGCUGGACCUCAAAGAGAACCGCAUCAAGGAGCUGGAGGCUGAGCUUGCCAUGAUCAGUAACUGUGUGAAUCAGAGAAUGGAGUUCCGGCUGUUUGACCGACUUGCUGACAGGGACUCCUCUCCUAGGGUCACAGCGGCCAAACAGUCACUGGCCACUCUUACCAAGGAUGUGCCAAAGCGCCACUCUCUGGCCAUGCCUACGGAAACGGUUGUCAAUGGCAACAACCAGGAGUGGGUGAUGCAGGCUGACCUUCCAUUAACAGCCGCCAUCAGACAGAGUCAGCAGACCCUCUAUGUCCACACGGGCCACCCCACCGACAGACAGGUGGCCGCUGUGCGAGUGAGUCCGGGCCACUCCCGCCAACCCUCUGUCAUCUCUGACGCAUCUGCUUUGGAGGGCGACCGGUCGUCCACGCCCAGCGACAUCAAUUCGCCGCGCCACCGUACCCACUCCCUCUGCAAUUCUCUAGAAGAUCUGGAGGAGGCGAAACGAAAGAAGAAGAAAGAGAAGAUGGGGCUGGGCUCGUUGUCGCGUGUCUUUGCCCGGGGCAAACAGCGCAAGUCCCUGGACCCUGGCUUGUUUGAUGACUCAGAUGGUCUCUCCAGCCCCACUCGUCACAGUCUCAGUCUAUCAGAUGGAUCAGAGGACCAGCUGGACCGUCUCCAGCAGGUGGAGCUAGCCAGGACUACGCCCAUGUCUCAGUGGAGGGCAGGCACCGUGCAGGCCUGGCUGGAGGUCGUCAUGGCGAUGCCGAUGUACAUACGCACCUGCUCGGAAAAUGUCAAGAGUGGCAAGGUGUUGCUGGGGUUGACAGACGAGGAUCUGGAGCUGGGUUUAGGGGUCAGCAGCUCCAUGCACCGCAGGAAACUCCGCCUGGCCAUUGAAGAUUACAGAGACGCUGAAAAUGGCAGAGGUUUGUCCAAGGCGGCAGACAUGGACCACCACUGGGUAGCCAAGGCCUGGCUUAGCGACGUGGGCUUGCCUCAGUACUCCCAGGCCUUUCACACCCACCUGGUGGACGGGCGCAUGCUGAACUCUCUGACGCGGCGGGACCUUGAGGUCCACCUCAACAUCACCAAAAAGUUCCACCAGGUCAGCCUACUGCUGGGCAUCGAGCUGCUACAUUCGCUAAACUUUGACAAGGAGGCCCUCCAGGCUCGUCGGAUGCAGUGUGAACACCAGAAUGUUGAUCCACUUGUAUGGACCACUCAUCGUGUCAUCAGAUGGAUCCGGGAAAUUGACCUCAAGGAGUAUGCCGACAGUCUCCAGAGCAGUGGAAUUCAUGGAGCCGUCAUGGUGCUUGACCCCACCUUCAACACUGACGCCAUGGCCACAGUGUUGGGAAUUCCCAGCAGCAAGCAUAUGAUUCGCCGACAUCUCACCGAGGAGAUGAAAAACCUGAUCAGCCAAGUCAGGACAAGUACCAAGCAAGACCAUGACAGGUUAGGGAUGGGAACACCACCCACGCUGCUUCGCCAGAGCUCCCUUGGCAGACCACCCAGCUCCACAAGCCGCCAAACUGAUGAUGAGGGCUCCCUUAGAAGGAGGGCAGUCAAGCCUCCUUUGGGAUUCAGCCCCAAAACCCGCAAUGGACGGGACCUGAGUUGUCAUAGCAGCUACGGCUCCUUGCCUCGGGAGGCUCGAGAUGAGACGCCGCCCAGGACGGAGGGGAGCCCGAUCCGUAGCUAUGCCAGCAUCGAGGUCACCAACGUGUGAAUCCAAAAGCGUGGGACAGACACCUGACAUCAGUUUCAUGAUGGGAUAUCUACAUCAUGGACAUUUGUCUUCCAUGUGCAGAUGGACAAGUGAUUUUUAUUUUUGUAAAGCUGAGCCUUUAAUGGAAAGAAUGCACUUUUUAGAGAGAAGCGUUUUUCAAUCGGUUUCCUGGUUUAAUAAAAAACCUUUUAGUGCUUUCUGGGAAGCAUGUGGUAUUUGACCUUUUUCCAGAGCACUGACUUCCUUCUCCCCAGUGAAAGAGUGAAGAAACAGAGAGCUAGUCAGGCUAAACGAAGAUUUAUUUUUCUAUCUUAUGUCUAGAUAGCUCUUUGUAAACCAGAAAGUGGCUCAACAAUUAGCUUUUGUUUACUGGCUCUUGAGUAUCGGUCUGUUUUUGUAGGGUAAAGCAAAAGAUAUAGGGACAGACUGUUUGUAUAUACAGGGUACUGUUGUGAUUUGUCUUCAACUAACAGGGCAAAGGUUAUGAACAAAAAAUAAUUUUCUAACAAUGUAAAGUGAAACUGUCAGUUCUUUUUCAAUAACUGCUGUCUGUGAUGCCUUGUCAACUUAGCUGAAGACACUGAAUAAGAAAAAAAAAACUUGAACCGAGUUUUAACUGUUAUUCUGUAUGUUUAGUCGUCAUUUUCAGCUUGCACAUUAACACUGUUGUGUCUAAACAAUGUCAGCACUCAGCACCCUUCUCUAACAUUUGAUAUUGCUCAGUAAACAUGGAAAUAAAAAUAUUUCCGGUUCAUCCAUAAAUGAGGCCAUAGAAGAAUUUAGGUGGAGUUUUAUUGCCAAAAAAAAGUCCAUGGGCAAAAGUUAAGGGAAUGCAAAGAUGUGAUAGGUCAAAAGUGAUGCUCAUGAAAUAAAGAUGAUGUCUGAAAUAUCAUUGACCUGUUGCCCCUGUCUUGAACAGUUAAUUAGAUGGAUUAAAUGUAGGAGUGGCUGAGGACGUAUGGUGUCAUUAUGUGUCAGUACGACAACCCUUUCCCAGAGUCAUAUUAUAUGCUACUUUCUGCUGGACAUCUUAGUUCUCUGUGUUUACGACUCCACACCAU